AUUGAGAAGGAGGCGUGCUACGCCAUCGGCCUGCUCGCGUCCAAGGAGAAUCACCAGAACAGAAUCGCCGACGCGGGGGCCCUCCCCGGCCUUGUCGCGCUUCUCAAGAGAUACCCACCCCAGAUGAGCGGUAACGUGGCUCCGUCCGUGGCUCGCAGGGCGGCGGAUGCGGUGACCAACCUUGCGCACGAGAACAACCCGAUCAAGAACAGGGUACGGACCGAGGGUGGCAUCCCGCCGCUCGUCGCGUUGUUGGAGACGAGGGACGCCAAGGUUCAGAGGGCGGCUGCCUCGGCGCUGAGGACGCUCGCGUUCAAGAACAACGAGAACAAGGAACAGAUCGUCGAGGAGGGCGCCCUUCCGAUGCUCAUCUUCAUGGUGCGAUCCGGCGAUCCACACAUCCACUAUGAGGCCGUGGGGGUGAUUGGUAACCUGGUGCACUCGUCCAACCACAUCAAGCGGAGGGUGCUCGACGAGGGUGCGCUGCAGCCAGUCAUUGGCCUCCUCUCCUCGGAGUGCAACGAGAGCAGGAGGGAGGCGGCGCUCCUCCUCGGACAGUUCGCCACGACCACGGACGACACCAACAUCGAGUAUAAGAUCAAGAUCGUGCAGAGGGGCGCGGUGCAACCUUUGAUCCAGAUGCUGAACCACACCGAGAGUCAGCUGAGGGAGAUGGCGGCGUUUGCGCUCGGUCGACUUGCGCAGAACAAGGACAACCAGGUGGGCAUCUGCCACGCCGACGGACUGCGACCCCUCCUGGACCUCCUGGACUCGGACGAGACCAACCUGCAGCACAACGCCGCGUUCGCGCUGUACGGACUGGCGGACAACGAGGAUAACGUCCCCGACAUCAUCCGCGAGGGCACGGUGCAGCGGCUGAUGGGCGGCGAGCUCAAAGCUCAGCCCAGCAAGGAUUGCGUGAACAAGACCCUGAAGAGGCUGGAGGAGAAGGUUGACGGGCGGGUGCUCAAGUACCUCGUCUACCUGAUGCGAUCCUCGAACAAGGACGAGCAGCAGCGCAUCGCCGUCGCGUUGGCACAUCUUUGCAGCGACGACCAACAGCGGGUCAUCUUCGACGAGCAGGGCGGCUUGGACAUUUUGCUCGAGAUGUACUCGGCGAGCGCGGGCGCUCUUUUCCCCUUGGCGAUGAGAGACGCGGCGGGUGCGUUGUUCAAGGUUUCGCAGAACAUGAAGGCGCUGCUCUCGGCGAGGUAUCCCAACGACGCGGUGCCGCUGCCCGCCACCCCAGAGACGCAUCUCGCUUACGAGCACUUCAACAACCCCGAGCUGAGCGACAUUGUCUUCUUCUCGGACCGCGACGGCGGAUGGGAGUUUCACGCGCACAAGAUUGCAUUCACGCACGUCAGCGAUGAGUUCCACCAGCUCAUCGACCAACACAAGGUCGCGGACACGCAGCAGGGCGAUUCCCACAUGCCGGUGCGCGUGGACAUGAGCGACGUGAUGCAGAAGGAUGAGUUCCACGGUUUGAUGCAGUUUGUGUACCAAGGCGACAUCGAGGUCCCCGAGGAACUGACCGAGGAAAAUGACGAGAAUGGAGUUGCCCCUCUCGCACAGAGGCUGCUGCAAUUCGCGCACAGGUACGAGAUGAACGGCCUCAAGCGCCACUGCGAGGGUUGCAUGGAGGAGAUCCUCACGCAUAUGGAGGAUCCGAAGUGCGAGUUUCUGCGGGAGUUCAUCUCGCUCGCGGGGCGGUGCAACGCGGAUGACUUUAUUCGAGCGUGUGCCCUGUACACGCUGCAGCACCACGGACGAAUCUGCAAGUCCAUCGGGGACUCGGAGACCGUCUUGCUCGCGCAGCAGAUCGAGCCGCACAUUCGCCAACACCUUCAGUCCACGAUGUACCGG